AUGAUACUACAAUACAAUGCCAAACUUAGCUACGGUGAGCCGCAGUUGGCCAGUAUAACGCCAGAAACCAACCUAGAGGACUGUGAACUCGCCAUGGAGAAGUUGAUGGGUCUAAUGAGUGACGCCCGAGAAAUGCAACGAGCUCACUCUCGUCUCAUGCAGCAGACGCACCAAAUAACACUGCCACACAGCCCACACACCUCGCCCACAACGGGCCAACCAGUGUUCAGCUUUGCAGAGGACGGCGAUGUCGAGGUAGAAGUUCAGAGCACCUACAUGGACCUAGUGCGCCGUUUCUCCACUUCAGAGAAGUACAUCUGGGAGUUUAUCGAUCGCUUGGAAGCGCGGCGCCGCUGCUUGCAUACCAGCAUAAUCUUCUACAGUGAAGCGACUGUGGUAAGUCACCCUUGA